AUGGGGGACACUGAACAUCGCAUUCGCCUCGUGCUUCUAGGUGGUGCAGGAGUGGGUAAGAGUUCGAUUAUCAAACGUUUCCUGUACAACCUGUACUCUGAUAAGUACAAGAGCACCGUGGAGGACCUGUACAACAGGGACUAUGACAUAGGCCCCAUCACACUCAAAGUUGACAUACUUGACACGGCUGGAGACUACCAAUUCCCCGCCAUGCGGAGGCUCUCAAUAGCUAACGCGCAUGCCUUCUUGCUCGUAUAUUCUAUAAGCGAGGAGAGCUCAUUCGAGACCGUGCAGCAAUGCAUUGAAGAAAUACGAGAACAAAGGGCGGAUUUCGAAGACCUUCCUAUUGUUAUUGCCGGCAACAAGAUGGACCUCGAGAUUGAAAGGAGAAUCUUCAAGGAAGACGUCACUGAAUGGACAUCAAAAAACGCUUACACUUUUCGAUGCCGGGUGUUGGAGUGCUCGGCCAAGGAGAACUUGCACAUCCGUGACAUCUUCAGGACAUUCCUGCGCAUAGGACGCCUGCCUGCGCCUCAGGACGAGUCUGCGUGCGGAGGUAUCCCUGACGGUCUGCGGCUGGGGGGCUUCAGGAGACAAAGCUCAGCGUACAGCAAGAAUAGACCGGCACGCAGCGCGCUCAACGCCGGCAUACUCGACGCGUCCAAACAUGAGGUCACCCUGACCCAGAGUGGCCCGCAAACAGGCGUAGAUCAGUGCUACGUCGGCUCUCAGCUCGUGCUGUGA